AUGUCGACUACACUAUCUGAUAUGCCGAGAUCUGAGAGACGAAUUAAUCUGGAGAUGGGCCGUUCCAACCUAGAUCCUGCCUCAACAGGGGACUUUCGACCCAGUGAACAACAUCGGAUCGAGGAUCUACACUACAUUUCCGAAUACCUCGCGCAAAAUUCCAGCAAGUCUGCAGCCGUGUUUCGAAGGUAUGACAAGCUUGCCAUGUACCGGAUCAUGGGGUUGAGCCAGGAACUGAGGGCGUUGGAACACGAGCACGACGAGCUCGUGAAGGAUGGAUUCUAUCCAGAAGAUGUUGAGAAUCAUGCAGGAUUUGAUGGGAGGGUCGAUGAAUCCCUCAAGCAUUACUAUGUCACGGACGAUCUCUUGAUUGCGUAUAGUCAGGUUCUGCAUCUUGAGCCCCCGGCAGACAGAACAGUCGAGGCCAUCGAUGGACACAUCAUCAAUCCAAAACUCCAUCACGGCCAAGACUGGUGGGGACACAGGCUGCGGUACAAGCUGCGUGGCCAGGAAACCACCCAAACCUUUCCCGACCUCGUUAGCUUGUUCACUCCGGCCGAGAACGAUUAUAUAUCCAGGGGUGUCGACAAAUUCUUGUACUUCUUAUUCACAACCCCCGAAUCUACCAAAGGUGCAAAGUACGUGAAUGAGCAAAAGCUGCAGCGCUUCGUCACCGUCAUCGGCACCGUAAUCGCAAUCGGCUUCCUGAUAGCGGCCAUGUGGGUUUUGUGGCGACUGAAGAACGACAUGAUUGCCAAGCUCGCGACCGUGACCGGGUUCGUUGUUGGUUUCGCCGGUUGGCUGGGAUUCCUGACGACAGCGCAGAGGAAGGAUGUCAUCGCAGCAACGGCCGCGUAUGCUGCUGUGCUGGUCGUGUUCGUUAGCCAGCAGUGA